CAGAGCGGGCCCGGGCGGGGCCAUGGGCCAGGUGCUGCCUGUCUUCGCCCACUGCAAAGAAGCACCAUCCACUGCCUCUUCCACCCCUGACUCCACAGAUGGUGGCAACGACGAUUCGGAUUUCCGGGAGCUGCACACUGCUCGGGAGUUCUCUGAGGAGGAGGAGGAGGAGACGACGUCGCAGGACUGGGGGACCCCCAGAGAGCUGACCUUCUCCUAUAUCGCCUUCGAAGCCGGGGGCAGCCGCCGAGACUCUGUCCAUCGCCGGCCUCGCCCCUCGGGCCGCUCUGAGGCCCGUGAACCGGGCCCAUCGGGCCUGGGAGACAGUUUGGAGAGCAUCCCCAGCCUGAGCCAGUCUCCGGAGCCUGAACGACGGGCUGCCCAGGAAGGCCCUCCUCAGGCCGAACUGAGGCUCCGUCUGGACCAGCUGGCCUGGGAGUCGGGGCUGGCGGCCUCGGAGGACUCGGCCAGCAGCCCCUCGGAGGAGGAGGACGAAGACGAGGAGGAGGAGGGCGGACCGGAGCCCAGAUUGGCUGGGGAAGACUUGGAAGUACCACGCCUCCCAGCUGAACCCUCGCAGCCUGAGGUCUGUUGGUCCCAUCUCAGCCCACGCCCAGGAAUUUCAGCCCUGCAAACUCACACCCCUUCCCCGCCUCCUUCCCUGGGGUCUCGGGACUCAAACUCUUGGCGGGAGGAGGAAGAUCCGGAAGAGGGGGAGGUGUGGCGAGACGUUGAGCGGGAGCCAAUCACCGGGCAGCGCUUGGACAGCUCGGACCAAUCAGGGAUCACGCUAGAAAUUCAUGUCCUAGUGGCAGAACUACUGUAUUGGCGGGACACAAGGACGUCAGGUGUGGUCUUCACAGGCAUUAUGGUCUCCUUGCUCUGCGUCCUACACUUCAGCAUUGUCUCCGUGGCCUCCCACCUAGCCCUGGCCGUGCUGGCAAUCACCAUCUCUCUCAGGGUUUACCACAAGGCACUUCAGGCUGUGCACCGGGGUGAUGGGGCCAACCCCUUCCAGGCUUACCUGGAUGUGGAUCUGAGCCUGAGCCGGGAGCAGAUAGCCCGCUACACCGAGCAGAUCACAGCUCAAGUGGUUUCUGGGGUGACGCUCCUGAGACACCUGUUCCUAGUGGAGGACCUGGUUGAUUCCCUCAAGUUGGCGCUUCUCUUCUACAUCCUGACCUUUGUGGGAGCCGUUUUCAACGGGUUGACUCUUCUCAUCUUGGGUGUGAUAAGUGCAUUUACCUUCCCUUUGCUGUACCGGCAACACCAGGCCCAGAUUGACCAAUAUGUUGGACUGGUGAACAAUCAGCUGAGUUACAUCAAGGCUAAGAUCUAUUCAAAGAUCCCAGGGACUGGGGCCUCUGCAAGUUCCAAAGCCAAAGCCGAAUGAGCCCCUCUUCCGGCCGGCCCGGGACCCGCCUGCCCACAGCACCCCGGUGCCCUCUUUCAACUACCCUGCCUGCCCCCCUCCCUGCCAGCCUCCCCAGUCCUGGGUCAUACACACAGACGCACACACAUAACACAUACACACACCUUCCAGCUCUGGUGAACCUAGCUAGGGCCUCUCCAUGCUCAAAUACCAAACUCCCUUUCAUCCCUGCUUCGCCCCCCCACCCCCCAUGGCCUUUAGGAUGACAUGCACCCAUCUGGGAGUCUGCAGAUGGUCCCUGGGUGCCUAGAAAGGCCAGAGACUUGUAGUACCCUAGACAGGGCAGCCAUCCCUGAUGCCAGGAACUCACCCAUGUCACUCCCUAUCCCUCCUUCCCUGCUGGGGUGUUGAGUUGUGUGUGGGGGGGUAUCUCCUUGUCUGCCACCCUGUCCCCACCCCUGGGGCAUUUCAUGGGGUUGAGGAAAGAACUGAGCUUGGGUUUACACUUUAAUAAAAAC